UGCUGGGAAACUUGGCCUCUACAAACACUCCCUGAAGGGAGAAGUGACGGAAGCGGGGUGGGGGGGCGUCCAGGAGGCUGGUCCCCUCCCAGAGGUGCGUGCAGGUGGAGAGGGGACUUGGGUGGCUGCUGGGACGGGAGCCAGAUCCUCACUCCCGACUUCCCGGCUUGGCUUUUCACCUCUUCUCUGUCACUUAUGUCUUGUCUGUCUUGUCUCUCACUCCAUCUCGACCUAUUUAUGUCCCUUUUUGAAAUCAUGCGAAGAAUCAAGUUUUUAAUCUGGCCGACGUCUCCGCUUGCCGGCCAAGCGCCCCUGGGUGAGCACUUCCUCUCCCCCAGACUCAGUUUUCUGUUCUGCGAAAUGGGCACAAAGUCUUCCCAGCACAGAGAGGGUGAGAUGAGUGUAGGGUGCACAGGGCCAGCCCUCCUCUCUGCGCCCCCCGUCCUGCUGGGCCCUCAUCAUCAGGGGUGGCCUCUCUCCCCACAGGGGGUCUGCAGGAGUCUUGCCCCCUUGGGUCCUGAGCCUGGGCAGGGAGGUGACGGUGGUGGCAGCAGCGGCAGAGAGCGGCCUGGAUGUCGGGGAGGAGCCGGGCCACCCGGGGGGUCCCCGUCCCUCACUGAGCCUCUCCCUCUCUCUCCCUGACAGCCCCCCGGCGCCCAGGCGGAGCAUGAACAUUGAGGAUGGCGCGUGCCCGCGGCUCCCCGUACCCCCCACUGCCGCCCAGUAGGAUGUCCUGGCCCCAUGGGGCCCUGCUCUUCCUCUGGCUCUUCUCCCCACCCCUGGGGGCCGGCGGGGGCGGCGUGGCUGUGACGUCUGCCGCCGGAGGGGGCUCCCCGCCGGCCACCUCCUGCCCCGCGGCCUGCUCCUGCAGCAACCAGGCCAGCCGGGUGAUCUGCACGAGGAGGGAGCUGGCCGAGGUCCCGGCCAGCAUCCCCGUCAACACGCGGUACCUGAACCUGCAGGAGAAUGGCAUCCAGGUGAUCCGGACGGACACAUUCAAGCACCUGCGGCACCUGGAGAUCCUGCAGCUGAGUAAGAACCUGGUGCGCAAGAUCGAGGUGGGCGCCUUCAACGGGCUGCCCAGCCUCAACACCCUGGAGCUGUUCGACAACCGGCUGACGACAGUGCCCACGCAGGCCUUCGAGUACCUGUCCAAGCUGCGGGAGCUCUGGCUGCGGAACAACCCCAUCGAGAGCAUCCCGUCGUACGCCUUCAACCGCGUGCCCUCGCUGCGCCGCCUCGACCUGGGCGAGCUCAAGCGGCUGGAGUACAUCUCCGAGGCAGCCUUCGAGGGCCUGGUGAACCUGCGCUACCUCAACCUGGGCAUGUGCAACCUCAAGGACAUCCCCAACCUGACGGCCCUGGUGCGCCUGGAGGAGCUGGAGCUGUCGGGCAACCGGCUGGACCUGAUCCGCCCGGGCUCCUUCCAGGGCCUGACCAGCCUGCGCAAGCUGUGGCUGAUGCACGCCCAGGUGGCCACCAUCGAGCGCAACGCCUUCGACGACCUCAAGUCGCUGGAGGAGCUCAACCUGUCCCACAACAACCUGAUGUCGCUGCCCCACGACCUCUUCACGCCCCUGCACCGCCUCGAGCGCGUCCACCUGAACCACAACCCCUGGCACUGCAACUGCGACGUGCUCUGGCUGAGCUGGUGGCUCAAGGAGACGGUGCCCAGCAACACGACGUGCUGCGCGCGCUGCCACGCGCCCGCCGGCCUCAAGGGGCGCUACAUCGGCGAGCUGGACCAGUCGCACUUCACCUGCUACGCGCCCGUCAUCGUGGAGCCGCCCACGGACCUCAACGUCACCGAGGGCAUGGCCGCCGAGCUCAAGUGCCGCACGGGCACGUCCAUGACCUCCGUCAACUGGCUGACGCCCAACGGCACCCUCAUGACCCACGGCUCCUACCGCGUGCGCAUCUCCGUCCUGCACGACGGCACGCUCAACUUCACCAACGUCACCGUGCAGGACACGGGCCAGUACACCUGCAUGGUGACGAACUCGGCCGGCAACACCACCGCCUCGGCCACGCUCAACGUCUCGGCCGUGGACCCCGUGGCGGCGGGAGGCGCCGGGGGCGGCCCCGGGGGCGGCCCCGGGGGCGGGGGCGGCGGCGGCUACACCUACUUCACCACGGUGACGGUGGAGACCCUGGAAACGCAGCCCGGAGAGGAGGCCCUGCAGCCGCGGGGGACCGAGAAGGAGCCGCCGGGGCCCACGACGGACGGCGUGUGGGGCGGGGGCCGGCCGGGGGAGGCGGCCGGCCCGGCCUCGUCGUCCACCACGGCGCCCGCCCCGCGCUCCUCGCGCCCCACGGAGAAGGCGUUCACGGUGCCCAUAACGGACGUGACGGAGAACGCCCUCAAGGACCUGGACGACGUCAUGAAGACCACCAAGAUCAUCAUCGGCUGCUUCGUGGCCAUCACGUUCAUGGCCGCCGUGAUGCUCGUGGCCUUCUACAAGCUGCGCAAGCAGCACCAGCUCCACAAGCACCACGGGCCCACGCGCACGGUGGAGAUCAUCAACGUGGAGGACGAGCUGCCCGCCGCCUCCGCCGUGUCCGUGGCCGCCGCCGCCGCUGUGGCCGGCGGGGGCGGCGGGGGCGGGGACAGCCACCUGGCCCUGCCCGCCCUGGAGCGCGACCACGUCAACCACCACCACUACGUGGCGGCCGCCUUCAAGGCGCACUACAGCAGCAACCCCGGUGGCGGGAGCUGCGGGGGCAAGGGCGCGCCCGGCCUCAACUCCAUCCACGAACCUCUGCUCUUCAAGAGCGGCUCCAAGGAGAACGUGCAAGAGACGCAGAUCUGAAGCCUCCGGCCUGCCGGGCAGGGGGGCCCCCCGGGGCGGGGGUCGGACCGGGACCCUCCCCCCAGCCCCGGCCCCGCACAGGGGAGGUCGGGGCAGGCAGCUCGGAGCCCCGCCCGCGUCCGCACCCCAGGGCAGCCCGCCCCAGCGACGACCGUGCGGGGCUCCGGGAAUGGAAGCCCCGGGGUUCCGGCCGCGGGAGGGGACGCAGGACGGGAGUGGCCGGAACCCUCCGCUUUUCCUCCUCGCCCUCCCGACCAUCUGCUCCCGGCCCUCCGCCUUCCGGGGGAGAGAGGAGCUUUUUUCAGGGGUGUCCUCUCCCCUCACCCCCAACAGCCCUCCUUUUACGGUUCAUUUUUUGCAGUUUGACGCCUGUCCCUCCCCACCCCACCCCACCCACCCCCGCCCUCUAAACUGAAGAGACAGCCACGUCGUCAGAGCCUCCCGAGCCCCUGGCCCUGCCCCCGGGGGAGUCCACUCCCGGGCCCCGGGGCCCCACUGGCCGGGGGCGGGGCGGCCUCAGCCCGCCCCCCACCGUUGCCCCCAGCCCUCUCCUGCCCCACAGACUCUUUUGAUACUGAAGGGAGGUUUGCGCCAACGACUACCUGCUCUGUAAUUACUUUAAAAAAAAAAAAACACGGAAAAAGUAAAAAAAAAAAAAAAAAUUUUUUUUUUUUUUUUUUUGGUUAUGAAAGCCUGGAGGAGAGAGAAAAGAAAGGGAACAUGGGUGGGAAGUAGAAUGAGAAGAUGGAAAGCUCCAGGCCCAUCUGGAAGGUCGGCGGGAGAGCCGGCACCUCGGAGUGCUCUUAGGCCCCUACCCUUUCACCUCCGAGGCCCUAGAGAGGGGCUUGGUCACCCAGCACGCCUGGCAUCUGUGCUUAUUCUGCCUGCACCCCUUUUGAGGCAUGUACUGCGGUCCUCUCCCCCAACCUCCCACCUCACAGCAGAAACCUAGGGGGCCUGUCUCCUGGGGCUGCCGUUACAAGGCACCACAGACUGGGUGGCUCAGCUGACAGAAAUUUAGCGUCUCGGUUCUAGAGUCCAAGGUCAAGGUGUGGGCAGGGCCGUGCUCCCUCUAGAACCUGUACGGGAGGGUCCUUCUCUGCCUCUUCCGGCUUCUGGUCGCCCCAGAUGUUCCUUGGCGGGUGGCAGUGUCACCCCGGUCUCCACAGGGUGUUCUCCCUUGUCUACACGGCACCUUCCCUCGGUGCGUGUGUGUCUCUGUGUCCAGAUUUCCCCUCUUUAUACGUCAUAGUGGAUAGAGAACCACCCUGCCCCAGUACAACCUCAUCCUGAUCAUCUGCGAAGACCCUAUUUCCAAAUGGGGUCACAGUCACGGGUCGUGGAGGUGAGGAGGCAAUUCAUCCCAUCUCAGAGCCAAACCAGAGAGGGUCCGUGUCUACUGCAAACCCAUUCAAGACACUGCCGCGCGGAGAAAGCGGGUCUCGCCGAAGGGGAGGCAAGGAGGGAGCUGGGUGGGGGAGGGGCAGGGGUGCUCGAGCUGGGGCCAGCGGAGCAGGAGGGGGCUGCGCUUCGGUCUUGUUACCUCAGCAGCGGGAGGCAAGCCCGGGCCCAGGAAGUGGAGGGGGGCUACGCUGCAGCUCAGGAGGGCAGCUCACGCGCAGAGCCCUCGGAGACACAAAAGCCAGCGAGUGGGAGCAAAUGCCAGCGGCGGGCCAGGCCUUUGGGCAGGUGCUGGGACGGCUGGGGCAGGCCAAGGUACCAGCGUUGCCGCCUCCAGAGGGCCACGCCCCCGCCCCAGGGCCGCCGUUUCGUGCUGUCUAGACAGACAGAGGCCAGUGGAAGCAGGAUGAGGCACUGCUCUGGGCAGACAUAGCUGCGGACACACAGGGCUGGGCCCCCGGGGGCAGCUCUCGUCUCGGCCCCAUUUUCCCCUCGGCCCAGACUGGCCCGCGCACGGGGCAGGCCUGGCGCAUGCGCAGGACGGCCAGGCCCCGUGGAGUCCACGACUGAAGGUGGAGCGGGCAGGAAGCCCCCACGACCCCACCGGGGCCCUGUGCCCUCUGAGAGGGCCUGGACCGGGUCCA